AUGCCUCCUACCAGCCCAUACGACCCAGAGCCCGCACAGCGCGACAAGUCACCUGCCCCUGCCUACGAGCCACCGGCUGCAUCGAGCUCCUCGGAACCGCCCAACACCUACCAAGAGACCCUCGCCGAGACCAAACGCGUCCUCCCCCAGGAUACCAAGGGAGAGAAUAGCUCGCGCACCAAGGACGACGACGCCGAACCACCACCAGCCUACUCGGAGGGUUACAGUCCCCUCCAGUCUUUCACAUACCUGAUGGCUGCCGCAGGAGGAGCCUCGAGUAUUAUUACUCAGGUGCAACAGGGCGGACCGCCCAUCAACACCAUUGGAGAUGUCGGCGCCGACGAGACCAUCACCAUGGACCUGAGGGGCACACGCUUCGUCCUCUCCCGCGACGAGCUUCUGACGCUUCCCGAGUUCGUUCUGCUGUCCCUCUUCCCCAAUGGUCUCUUUCCCGAGGGACACAUGGGUGGCUCGACCGAUGGCGACGCCAUCCAAGUCGAUUACGACCCAGAAUCCCUCCAGUACAUGCUUGAGUUCUUCCGCAAGGUUGCCUCGUCCAUUCCAGCUGAGUCGUCGCCGCCAGCAUCGCAGGACGGCGAUGCGCUGCCCAUCGAGCCUCUAGGCGGUGCAGGGCGCGAUGACUCUUCAAAAAGGGCAGGCAUCAUAGUAUUGCGCGAGGACCUCGACUUUUACGUCAUCCCGCCAAAAGCAGACAUCCAGCAGCCGGAGAUGAUUGAGGUGAAGAGGGCCGCAGCUAGGGCGCUCUUGAAGCAGGACGGCAUCUUCUCUGGGUUGAAGCGAAGUGACGAGCCGGGGACUACAGAGGCUCAUCUGAUCGAGAUGUUGACAGCCGGUGGCUUCAAUCAUGAUGACCAAUGGGGACAUCGUGCCGGCGAGCCUAACAAGGCCGUCGUAUGCAGUCUCGCCCUUGCAAGGCUUCGCAGUGACAUCCGUGGUAACGAAAUGGGCAACAAUGCUGUGGGUAUGGCACAGAAACUAUUACUGUUCUGGCGCAAGCCGGCCAGGAGAUGCUGGUGGGAAGGUGUAGAGCUCGACAACGUCGAUGGCGUGGAGGGGAAGCUCAAGGUGUGGAUCCGACGGGUCUGGACGCUGGAGAUGAGUGUUAUCGGCCUGCGGUGA